AUGAACUGGAAGGAAAUAUUGACAUGUUCCCACUGUCACCAUACACUAACUGAUGUCUUCUGUUGUUUUUCUCAUUCAGGAUCUGCUGCUUUCGAGUGCCAACAUAAAAUCAAGUCUCGUUUGAAGGAGAAUUCCUGCUGUGUGUUUGAGGGAAUUGCUAAAGCAGGACAUCCAACACCUCUGAAUGACAUCUACACAGAGCUCUACAUCACAGAGAGAGGCAGUGGAGAGGUCAACCAGGAACAUGAGGUCAGACUGAUUGAAACAGCUUCCAGGAAACCGGCCAAGGAAGAAACACCAAUCAGAUGUGAAGACAUCUUUAAACCCUUACUUGGAAAAGAAAAAUCAAUCCGGACAUUAAUGACAACUGGAGUGGCCGGCAUUGGUAAAACCAUCUUAACACACAAGUUCACUCUGGACUGGGCUGAAGGCAAAGCUAACCAAGACAUACACUUCACAUUUCUCCUCACUUUCAGAGAGCUGAAUUUACUUAAAGGGACAGAGUUUAGCUUGGUGGAACUUCUUCAUCUCCUCUUUAGUGAGACCAAAGAAGCACGAAUCUACGGAUAUGACCCGUUCCAAGUUGUCUUCAUCUUGGAUGGUCUGGAUGAGUGUCGACUUCCUCUGGACUUCCAGAACAACACGAUCUGGACAGAUGUCACAAAGUCCACCUCAGUGGACGUGCUUCUGACAAACCUCAUCAGGGGCUACCUGCUUCCCUCCGCUCGCAUCUGGAUAACCACACGCCCUGCGGCAGCCAAUCAGAUCCCUGCUGAGUAUGUUGACAGGGUGACAGAGGUGAGGGGGUUCACCGACCCACAGAAGGAGGAGUACUUCAGAAAAAGAUUCAGAGACGGCAAGAUGGCCAACAAAAUCAUCUCCCACGUAAAGAAAUCACGAAGCCUCCACAUCAUGUGUCACAUCCCAGUCUUCUGUUGGAUCACUGCAAAAAUUCUGGAGGACAUCUUAAAGAAAUCCCAGAUAGAAGAGAUGCCCAGGACCGUGACUCAGAUGUACAGCUACUUCCUUUGGGUUCAGUCGAUACAGGCGGACAGGAAGUAUCAUGAGAAAGCUGAAACUGAUCCAUUCUGGGGUCCAGAGAGCAAGAAAAUCAUUGUUUCUCUGGGAAAACUGGCUUUUAACCAGCUGGAGAAAGGCAACCUGAUCUUUUACGAGGCAGACCUGGCAGACAAUGGCAUCGACAUCAAAGAAGCCUCAGUGUGCUCAGGAGUCUUCACCCAGAUCUUUAAAGAGGAGUGCGGGAUGUACCAGGCCAGGGUGUUUUGCUUUGUCCAUCUGAGCCUCCAGGAGUUUCUGGCUGCUCUUUAUGUCUUUCUGUUCUUCAUCGACACUGGUAUCAAUCUGCUCUCAGAAGCCACCACCUCUGGGGAAGAUAAACUCCUCCUCCUCUACCAGAGUGCUGUGGACAAGGCCUUACAGAGUGAGAACGGACACCUGGACUUGUUCCUCCGCUUCCUCCUGGGCCUCUCUCUGGAGACCAAUCAGAUUGUCCUACGAGGUCUGCUGGGACAGACAGGAACUGGCUCACUGACCAAUACAAAAACAGUGUCUUACAUCAGGGAGAAGAUAAAUGGAGAUCUCUCUCCAGAGAGAAGCAUCAAUCUGUUCCACUGUCUGAAUGAGCUGAACGACCGUUCUCUGGUGGAGGAGAUCGAACAGUACCUGACAUCAGGAAGUCUCUCCGGAGAAUAUCUCUUUCCUGCUCGACUGUCAGCUCUGGCCUUCAUCCUGCAGACAUCAGAACAGGAGCUGGACGUGUUUGACCUGAAGAAAUACUCUGCUUCAGAGGGGUGUCUUCUAAGGCUGCUACCAGUGGUGAAAGCCUCCAAAACCUCUCUGCUCAAUGGCUGUCAUCUGUCAGAUUACUGCUGUGAAGCUCUGGCCUCAGUUCUCUGCUCCAACUCCUCUAGUCUGAGAGAGCUGGACCUGAGUACCAAUAACCUGCAGGAUUCAGGAGUGAAGCUGCUCUCUGCUGGACUGGGGAGUCCACACUGUACACUGGACACUCUCAGGCUCAAUGACUGUCGUCUGUCAGAGGUAGGCUGUGAAGCUCUGGCCUCAGUUCUCAGCUCCAGCUCUAAUCUGAGAGAGCUGCACCUGAGUACCAAUGAUCUGCAGGAUUCAGGAGUGAAGCUGCUCUCUGCUGGACUGGGGAGUCCACACUGUACACUGGAAACUCUCGGGCUGAAUCGCUGUCAUCUGUCAGAGAGAUGCUGUGAAGCUCUGGCCUCAGUUCUCAGCUCCAACUCCUCUCGUCUGAGAGAGCUGGACCUGAGUACCAAUGAUCUGCAGGAUUCAGGAGUGAAGCUGCUCUCUGCUGGACUGGGGAGUCCACACUGUACACUGGAAACUCUCAGCUUGUCUGGCUGCCUGGUCACACAGGAAGGCUGUGCUUCUCUGGCCUCAGCUCUGAGCUCCAACCCCUCCCAUCUGAGGGAGCUGGACCUGAGCUACAAUCACCCAGGAGACUCUGGAGCUGCGCUGCUCUCUGCUGGACUGGAGGAUCCACGCUGGAGACUGGACACUCUCAGUGUGGAGCACGGUGGAGUGUGGAGGCUGAAACCAGCUCCACAGAGAUAUGCCUGUGAACUCACACUGGACCCCAACACGGCCGACAGAGGACUCUCUCUGUCUGAGGACAACAGGAAGGUGACGGUGGUUGGAGUGGACCAGUCGUGUCCGGAUCACCCAGAGAGAUUUGACCGGGGCCAGGUGUUGGGUAGAGAGGCUCUGACUGGCCGCUGUUACUGGGAGGUAGAGUGGGAAGGAUGGAUUUAUAUAGGAGUGACAUACAGAGGAAUCACAAGGAGAGGACGGGGUGAUGAAAACUGGCUUGGACGGAACAACAAGUCCUGGGUUCUUGAUUGUUAUGAUGGUCUUUACUCUGCCCGGUACGACUGUACAGUGACAGACCUCCGUCUCCGCCCCGCUGGCUCCACCAGAGUAGGAGUGUAUCUGGACCGGCCUGCUGGGACUCUGUCCUUCUACAGAGUGUCCCCAGGUGGAGGAGGGUCCUCAGACACACUGACACACCUCCACACCUUCUGGUCCUCCUUCACCCAGGAGGACCUCCUC